AUGAAGGUGAGCCAAGGCCCAGAGGCAGGCCAACAGAAUCUAUCAUCGCUAACUGAAUUCACUCUGAUGGGAGUCACAAGGCAUCCUGAGCUGCAGGCCCCACUUUUCAGGGUCUUCCUCAUUAGCUACACAAUCACAGUGGUGGGAAAUCUGGGCAUGAUCAUCUUGAUCCAAGUGGAUUCCCACCUACACACACCUAUGUACUUUUUUAUCAAACACCUGGCUUUCAUUGAUCUUGGUAAUUCUGUCAUUUGUCCUGAGAUGCUGGUAAAUUUUGUUGUGGAUCAAAAUACCAUUUCCUAUCAUUCAUGCGCCACACAGUUGGCUUUCUUCCUUAUGUUCAUUAUCAGUGAAUUUUUUAUCUUGUCAGCCAUGACCUAUGACUGCUAUUUGGCCAUCUGUAACCCUCUGCUCUACAACGUUCUCAUGUCCCAGAGACUUUGUCAUGUGCUGGUAGGCAUUCCAUACUUCUACAGUACCUUUCAAGCACUAAUGUUCACUAUCAAGAUUUUUACAUUGACUUAUUGUGGCUCUAAUGUCAUCAGUCAUUUCUACUGUGAUGAUGUUCCAUUGUUACUUAUGCUGUGCUCAAAUGCACAAGAAAUAGAAUUGUUGGUCAUACUAUACAGUUUUUAUAAUCAAAGGAAAAAGUCCCCUGGGCUGUCGGACUUCUGCCACUACACAGUGUCAGCCUGUCCACUGACAGCAUCUCGCCCAGACGGAGCCUAA